AGGCUGCAGAAUGUUUUGCUCCAGCUCAUCCCAGCCUGGCGUGGGACAGGGAAGAGAAAUGGCUGCAGUGGAGUCAGUCCAGGGGCUGGUGACCUUCAAGGAGAUGGCUAUGUAUUUCACCAGGGAAGAGUGGGCUCUGCUGGACCCCACUCAGAGAGCCCUCUACUGGGAUGUCAUGCAGGAGAACUAUGAGACUGUGACCUCGCUGGGCCAGAGAAUAACAUCCAUGUUUCGCUGCAGAUCAUCUCGUCCUCCCAGGGGCAAGGAAAUGGCUGCAAUGGAGCUGGCUCAGGGGCCGGUGACCUUCGAGGAGGUGUCUGUGUAUUUCUCCAGGGAAGAGGGGACUCUGCUGGACCCCACUCAGAGAGCCCUCUACAGAGAUGUCAUGCAGGGGAACUAUGAGACGAUGGUCUUGCUGGGUAAGGAUUCCUGUCCCUUCUGUUCUUGGAAGGGGAAAUGAAGAGUGAAGGUUCAUGCCACCCCCACAAUGCCAUCUGUACCCUGUCCUGUUUCAGCAUCACCCCAAUAGGCCAGUAACAUACAUACUACCAGAGACCCUCCUCUGCUGCAGAACACUUUGGGAACAGAGCACAGGAGCAGCAUCACACAAUGUCAAA